AUGUGCUGUUACAUCGCAUUUCCGCUGUUGAGACCAGGGUUGGAUCCGAACGCUUUGCAAUCGUAUGUGCCCUUGAUCGAGGGUGCAAAAUUACGAUGCAUCCAACGAGAAGAUUACCUGAAUAGCCUGGGCGCACGGGUUCGGGUGUUGGAAAUGGUGCACGACAUAGUCAUGUUGAGCGCUGUUUCCUCUUUGCAUGGCCAUGAAGCUCGCGAAAUGUUUAACGAAAAAUUCCCAAAAUUAUUCUUUGAGUUGGAAGGAGGGAUGACGGCUGUGAGUUUUGUCCUCCCAGCACUACCAUUGCCAUACAAUAUAAGACGGGAUAGAGCCCAGAGGAGCCUAGCAUCCAUCUAUACGAAAAUCAUCGAGGCCCGCCGCAGUGCAAACUUUGACGACAAUAUUUGCCCAGAUGAGGGCAAAGACAUAAUCUCACAUCUAAUGCGGAGUACCUACAAAGAUGGAAUACCGCUCCCGGACAAAGAGAUCGCACACCUCAUGAUCGCAGUGGUCAUGGGCGGCCAGCACCUCGCAUCCGCGAUUGCCAGUUGGACCCUGCUGCGUCUUGCUUCUGAGCCCGCUAUUGUUGAUGAGCUUUAUCGUGAGCAGUCUGCUGUCACUGGAAGUGCUCACGAACCGCUUUGCCUGAAAGACGUUCAGAAACCUACUUUAUUAUGGAAAGUGAUCAAAGAAACCUUGCCUGUGCACCCACCGUUACAAAGUCUGUUGCGCAACUCAUUGAGAUCCAUGGUUAUCGGCAGUAGCAGAUGGGUCAUCCCAAUUGGAAGAGUUCUGUUGGCGUCUCCGGCAUAUACCAAUAGGAAUAGCGACAUAUACCCCCAACCAGAGCGAUGGGAUCCGUAUUGCUGGGAGCUUGGCAAUGAUGAUAAGCGUACCGGAGAUCACCCCUUGAGUCAAGGCAAAACGGUUUUGCCUUUCGGAGCAGGCAGCCACUAUUGCAUAGGAGAAGACUUCUCCAACGUUCAGUUGAUGACGAUCAUUGUGACAAUAAUCUGGCUAUUCUGCCUUGAGAAUCCUCCAGGUAGAGAGGGAGUGCCAGGCAUAGACUACACAUCUCUCUCAUCCUUUCCUAUCGAGCCGGCCGAAAUUAUACUACGUCCUCGUGAUGUGAAUUAG